AUGACUUACAGUUCGAAUUCCAAAGACGGUACGUUAAAAAGCUUUCAAAAUUGCUCUGAAGCUGAUGUUCCAGGAUAUAACGAUUGUCCUACGUUCCUCUUAUCUAACCGAGCAGUAUCGAUACGUACGAAUAGAGGAUCAAAUGGAGUUCUAGACCGGUAUGGCAAUGUAAAGAAGAGGACAUCUUCACAAUUACCUGCUACACACCCCAUAAAAGAUGAGGUGAAGGAUGAAGAGGUAAAACCUCCAAAAUCGAAACAGGUAUUGAUGGAACGGAUUAAUGAGCUUUUGAAUCGACCUUCGAAGAUGCCUGAAACCGAAUAUACGUUUUACAAGACAAAGGUGCUAAAUAACAUAUCAUUGCAUCUUGAUCAGGAAACAUCGCUUGUCCUUAUGACACAAUUUUUCGAAUUUAUUCCCCACAACGUGGAUAAGGCUAAAGAUAUCCUAAUAAAAUGGAUGGUUUCGGAUGUAUCUAUUGCAGGCUGGUGUCCUGCUCUACGCAAGAUCCUUGUGAAUGCGAUUUUCUAA